CAUCAGUCAGCGGUGCUGAAGGAGGCGAGAAGGAAAACAGUGGCAGAGGGAGCGAGGGAGCGAGAGGCGGCAGAAGUUGGACGGUGCUUUCCUUUGUCGCCGCGUCUCGUCGCUGCGUUCACCGAACAACCACCGAGCUCCCCCGGGAGCAGGGAACCCGCGGCGUCGGUCGCCGCUUCGCCUCCACUCCGCCAGCUUUCCUCGGAGGGAACACGAAGCUAAAUUAGCCGCGCUGCUAACACAUUGACUUUAACAGCCGAACGGAGGCUGCUGCUCCUCCGCUUCAACGCUGCUGGAUGUAGAACCAUUAUACAAGUUUAGCAACAAGCUAACCCGACACAGGUCCGCUCCCGUCCAUCCACCCCAUCCCGGACCCAUGACCACGAUGAUGGAGGAGUCGGUGACCACGUUCGAGACGCAUCUGACGGCUGUCAUGGACAGUCUGAUCCGGGCGUCGGUGUGCGAGAUCACCAAACUCUUCCAGGAGACGGUGAACGACUACCUGGUGGAGCUGUCCCUCAACAGGAAGGAGAACGACGCGCUCAAGCUGCGGCUCAGGCUGACCGAGAACAAGCUGAGGACCGAGCGCAAGUACGGGAUGGGCUGGGCGGCCAACCGCCGCAACGCCGGGAUGGAGGAGGAGAAGAGAGCCGGAGGGCGCCAGAAACGCAAAGUUGACAUGGCCCGAGGCAAGUCAAAGAAGGGCCCGGCAGCAGCCUAUGGCAAAGGCUGGCCUGGAGGUGUGUGGGAGGAAGAAGGAGGUGGAGGUGGCAGUGGCAGCAGUAGCAGUGGCGGGGGCGGAAGAGGAGGAGGAAGUGGAGGAGCUGUGGGGAUGGUGGCAGGAGCAGGAGGAAGAGGGGGAAAGGAGGCCAGGGAAACGUACCUCAUCCAGUUCCCUGGGGAUGAAGAGGAUGAGGGAGGGAUGGCGGAGGACGAGGCAGGGGAGGGCAGCCUCAGCGGUGAGGGGGAGGAGACGGCCAACAUCAAAGAGGAGUUUUCUCAAACAGAAGGUUAUCAGCAUGCCUCUCUACAGCUAUUAAAGGAGGCUAUGAAGAUAAACCUGUCCAACCAGAACCUCCACACAGGCUCCAGAGCCCAAAGCGAAGGAGAUCUGUCAGAUCGUCCCCCGUCCCUUCAUCCAGGAAAGAGAGAGGAGGAGGACUGGGAGGUGGGCUCAGCAUCAGAGCCGUCAGAGGGUGGCAUGACCGUGGAUGAGCUGAGGGGUCUGGAGUCUGCGCUGAGGGCUGAGAGAGGCCGUGAGCAGGCUGCCAUUACGGCUUCCCAGCCUGUCAGCCCCGAGCCAGAGGUGGUUCGAGGCAGCGAUCUCAGCUCGCCGCCCAAGUACAUAGGUCUCGAUGGCAUGGAGCAGGAUGGAGAGCUGGAGCCUCAGCCGCCCACGCUGCAGAGAGAGGACCAGAUAGGGCAAGGCAGGGCAAAGGACAGCUUGAGUGCAGGAGUGGAGCUGAGGUUAGGCUGGUCGAAGAAGUUGAGAGAGGGCGACCUGGAAGAGGCAGAUAUGACGGGAGAGGAUGUGUUGGAGCAUGGAGAGUCCGAGCACCCACCCCACUUGUCUGCUCCUGGGAGUGUCGGGGAGAGCGAAGGGGAGGAGGAGGAGGGUGGUGGAGACCUGCUUCACUUUUGCCCACAGUGUGGAGGAGGCUUCACCACAGAGGCUGAGAUGGAGGAGCACCCAUGUCCACUAGGAGAUGCCCAUUUACAGAACAGCAGUGCAGAGGAAGGCCUUUUCCCUUGUGCCCACUGUGGCAACACAUUCAGUCACUCCUGGGCUCUAAAGAACCAUGAGUGUGCCUGCGCUGCCGAGCGGCCGCACUGCUGUGAGAUCUGCGGGAAGCGCUUCACACACUCGCGCUCGCUGGAACGGCAUCAUCUGGUGCACACGGGGGAGAGGCCGCACCGGUGCCCACAAUGUGGACGCAGCUUCAGUCGCCUUGGCAAUUUGGAGCGGCACCAGCGGAUCCACACAGGUGAACGUCCGUACGGGUGUGAGGCGUGCGGAAAACGCUUCAGCCGUGUGGAGUACUUAAAGAGACACCAGCUCAUACACAACAGUGAAAAGGCAGCACUGCAGUGCUCCAACUGUGCGAGAGGAUUUAGUGACGUGGAGCAACUGAAAAACCAUCAGUGUUUUUAAAAACUCUCCUUCAAAUCUCUGGCAGAAACGCAAAGAAACAGACGGCUUUCAAUUGAAGGUGGUAAAAUUCAGGUGAUGAAAGUGACUGUUACCUGCUGAUUUGGAAUCGUGUCUCUUACACUCUGACAGGAUGUGAAGUGAAACUGAGUUAAAGAAGCAGAAACAUGUGUGGAUGAUUUUUGUUGAGUAAAUAUAGAAGGCAGAGCUGAGAGGGCGACAGGUGUAUAUGGUGUUUCUCUGUAGGAGGAGAAAUAAACCUCAGACAUUCAGCCAUUUUAAUUGGAGGUGUACAAAGCUUUUACUUAUUUAUGAUGAACAAUGAAUGGUAAUUUUUGAAAAUCUUUAUAUUCAUAAAUCCCUCAUGUUAACCUUGUUUUUCUCUGACAAUGUUAUUGACAGCUUGGUGUUUUGUAUGUUUGUGUUUUGAUCAUAUCGUUCAGAAAUAAAUAUUUCAAUUCAU